AUGCGGCGGAGCGCACUGCUGGCGGGCGCCCUGGUCGCCUACGCCGCGUACCUGGUUCUGGGCGCGCUGCUGGUGGCGCGCCUGGAGGGGCCGCACGAGGCUCGGCUCCGUGCCGAGCUGGGGACGCUGCGGGCAAAGCUGCUGCAGCGCAGCCCGUGUGUGGCCGCCCCCGCCCUGGACGCCUUCGUGGAGCGGGUGCUGGCGGCCGGACGGCUGGGGCGCGCCGUGUUCGCCAACGCUUCGGGGGCCGCCAACGUCUCGGACGCCACUUGGGACUUCGUCUCGGCGUUCUUCUUUGCCAGCACGCUGGUCACCACCGUAGGCUAUGGGUACACGACGCCGCUGACCGACGGGGGCAAGGCCUUCGCCAUUACCUUUGCACUCCUGGGUGUGCCGGCCACCAUGCUGCUGCUGACAGCCUCAGCCCAGCGCCUGUCACUGCUGGUGACCCACAAACCCCUGUCCUGGCUGAGCCUGCGGAGAGGCUGGGACCCUCGGCGGGCAGCCCGCUGGCACCUGGUGGUCCUGCUGGGGGUCGUGGUGACCAUCUGCUUCCUGGUGCCAGCCGUGGUCUUCAUCCACCUUGAGGAGGCCUGGAGCUUCCUGGAUGCCUUGUACUUCUGCUUCAUCUCCCUGUCCACUAUUGGCCUGGGUGACUAUGUGCCUGGGGAGGCCCCUGGCCAGCCCUAUCGGGCUCUCUACAAAGUACUGGUCACAGCCUACCUCUUCCUGGGCCUGGUCGCCAUGGUGCUGGUGCUGCAGACUUUCCGCCACGUAUCUGACCUUCACGGCCUCACAGAGCUCAUCCUGAUGCCCGCUCCAUGCCCUGCCAGUGCUAGUGAGGAAGAGGAUGACCGGGUGGACAUUCUGGACCCCUCGUCAGAGCCGCACCAGCAGCUCACUGCCGGCUCCCACGCCGACUACGCCUCCAUCCCCAGGUAGCUGAGGCAGGUGCCCCAAGGCUGAGAGGAACUGGCCUGGUGCUGAGGUGUGCACUGGAUCGGAGCUGACAGCACAAGAGUGUCCACUGCAUGUACCAGUGUUUGUGAGCCAUGGUGACCAACUGUCCUUCGUUUAUAGCCCCAGGCUGGAUGUGAGGGGUGGGUGCCCAGUUUCCAGGUCCUGGGCUCCACUGAGCACCAGCAUUGCCUCUUUCUCCCCCUUCCCCUUUCUCUCAUUUUCCCUCACACUCUGUGCCUCGUUUGCUUUCUGUCUUUCUCACUAUCUCCGUCUUUCCUCCUCGCUCUCUGUUUCUCACCCCUUUAUACACUCCAUCUGUCUCUAUCACUCAACCACUUGUCGCUUCUACCAGGCAAUGGAAUCGGACCUCAUUUUGGGCCUUGGGAAAGUGACUGUCCCUCUCAGAGCCUUGAUUUCCUCAAAUCAAAUAGGAAGAAUAUAUUCAUUCAUCCAGAAAUCCCUCUAUCUUAGUUAUGUAGCGCUGCUAUAACAGAAAUACCACAAGUGGUUGGCUUUAACAAAGAGAAAUUUAUUCUCUCACAGUCUAGGAGGGCAUCUCAGGCAGAAGAAACUCUGUGUGGGUGUAAAAAUAAUAUGAGGGUGGAAGUGUCAGACCUCAGACUUCACAAGAGGGAAGGAGAAUCAAGAUCGACAGCCAAGGGUGAUUCCUAUGAGGCAGAGGUCAGACAUGUCCCUACCCUCCAACCUCUUUACCAACUCUGACACCAACCAUCCCUCCCACAGCACUCUCUACUUCCCUGCUGGGUUCGAUAAUUUGUAGCAAUGGCCGCACAAAACUCACAGACAAUAUUCACGAUUAUGGGGUUUAUUAGGGAACUAACAGGUUACAAUUGAGGUUCAGGAACUCUCAGGGUAUAGUUCUUCGAUCAGGACAGUCUCUUCUCAGCCAUGCCCACAGGCACGCCUCCCUCUGGCCCUCACCUCAGCCCUGCUCAGCAAGUGUUAGAAAGCUCUUUUAGCUCUGCCGAUAAGCGCCCAGAGGCACCCUACUCCACCAGUAAGCCUUGGCCCAAAGGCGUUCGUCUCUAGCUCCAAGAGUCAGCAAACCUAGCUCCACAAAGUGCCUGGAGGCACCCUACUCCACCAGCAAUCGUCCUGCCCAAAGGUGCUCAGGUUUCUUGCUCCCUGGGCUCGGUUUUCUCCUGUCAGUCUCCUGGUUCUGCUGCCAUUUCUCUGCUGCCACUUCUUGCUGUGUUACAGUUCUUCAGUGUUGCAGCUCUCUCUCUCUCUCUCUCUCUGUCUCCUGGUUCCAGGAGCUUGUCAGCGAAGGAAUUCUGAGUCUAAACGACAUACUCCACUCCUGGCUCUUCUUUCUUAGUGGUGGUGAGAUCCUCUCUUCCCACCUGUGGGAUGGCUCAUUUUAAGCCCAGUGGGAUGGCAAGACCAACCAAUCCCUUUGGUGAGCCACAAUUACCUAUUUGCACGGUUCCACCGAUCACUUGGGUGGGAGUUAUAAGACCAUUGUGAGAAAGGCCACACAAAACGAUCCAUCACAUCACAGUGGGGAAAGGCCUGGAGGUGUGAAAGCAUGUUGGCCAUCAGCUGCUGGCAAAUAAUUUACUAUGACGAGUAUGAGAGUAUGAAGUGAAUGGGGGAAGGAAGGUGGAGAGUUAGACAUGGGUACCUCUUAUGUGUCCUUAAAUGAUGAGCUUGGAAAUUUGUCCUCUGUCCUGAGGGCUCUAGAGAGCCAUGGAAAGGCCUUAAGCAGGAGAGGGUUAUGGUUAAGUUCAGGCUUUAGAAGAUCCCCUUGGCUGCUCUGUGGAGGUGAACCAGACAAGGAGACUGGGGCAGGUGCCCAAGGGGAGGCUGGGGCAGGAACAAAGUAGGAGACAGGGCUGGGCAGGCCAUGGGAAGAGAGGUGGGUGGAGGGAUGCUGAGGAGGUCAAGUGAACGGGCCAUGGGCCUUACAGGCUUGAGGGAGGGUCAAGGCCUGGACAGGGUUCAAGGGAUGGACAGCUGCCCCUGAGAUAGGGACCUGGGAGAAACAACAGGUUUAGUGGGAGGUGCCGAGGUUAGUUUGGAACAUGGUAGAUAUGAGAGGCUCAAGGGACACUCGGGGGAGGAAUCAAGGGGUCCCAGGAUCCCCGGGGGAGGAAUCAAGGGGUCCCAGGAUCCCCAGGGUAGGACUCAGGGUCGGAAAGGUUGAGGCAGAGACAGAUGAGGGAACCGACACCGUGAGGGUGGUGAGACAGCCCUGGGAAGGCUGAAGAGAGAUCAGCCUUGUUAGGUGCCAUUUGCCACCCAGUCAAUUCCGACUGACUUAGUCAUCUAGUGCUGCUAUAACAGAAAUACCACAAUUGGAUGUCUUUAACAAAGAGAAGUUUAUUCUCUCAGUUGAGUAGGCUAGAAGUCCAAAUUCAGUAUGCCAGCUCUAGAGGAAGGCUUUCUCUCUCUGUAGGGUCUGGGGGAAGGUCCUUGCAAUCAAUCUUCCCUUGGUCUAGGAGCUUCUUCGUACAGGAACCCCAGGUCCAAAGGAUGCAGUCUGCUCCCAGCACUGCUUUCUUGGUUGUAUGAGGUCCCCUUGUCUCUCUGUGCUCUUCUCUCUUUUGUGUCUCAAAAGAGACUGGCGAAAGACACAAUUCAAUUUUGUAGAUCAAGUCCUGCCUCAUUAACAUAAUUGCCAUUAAUCUCACCUCAUUAACAUCAUACCCGUUGCUAUCAAGUCGAUUCCAACUCAUAGUGAUCCUAUAAGGACAGGGUAGAACUGCCCCAUAGGGUUUCCAAGGAGCAUCUGGUAGAUUCGAACUGCCAUGCCACCAGGGUUUCCCAUUAACGUCAUAGAGGUCAGGAUUUACAACACAUAGGAAAAUCACAUCAGAUGACAAAGUGGUGGACAAUCACAUAAUACUGAGAGUCAUGGCCUACCCAAAUUGAUUCCCAUAUUUUGGGGGACACAAUUCAAUCCAUGACACCGACUCAUAGCAACCCUAUAGAACAGGGUAGAACUGCCCCACAGGGUUUCCUAGGCUAUGAGUCAGAAUCGACUCAACGGCACUGGGUUCAGUUUUUGGAAUCUUUACAGAGCAGAUGGCCAGGUCUUUUCUCCCACGGAGCGGCUGGUGGGUUCAGACCACCAACCUUUGGGUUAGCAACCCAGCUUGUAACGACUGCACCAACAGGGCUCCUUGAGAAAUCAGCCUUAGGGUAUCUGUAUCAAUUAGGAAAAAUUUUGGCUGCAAGUAACAAAGACCUGACCCUGACUCACACUGGCUGAAACAAUAGGAGGGAAUAUAUAUUACAUAUCACCAGGAAGCCCAGAGCUGGGGAAGGCUUCAGAAACAAUACCACCUACAGUUCUGGGAGGCCCUCGUGGCUCCAGGUUCCCUCUGUCUCUGCCACCCUCACCUGAAGGCUUGGCGCCCACUUGAGCUUCCAUCAUGGUUCCUAAGUGACAGCUGCAAGUCCGUGCAUUGCAAGUAGCCACAAGAUCUGAUGCAAGGAGAGGGAUCAUCUCUCCCCGUGUGUGUCUCUUUGGAAGCAAGGAAACCUUCUCCCAAAGCCUCUUAGCGGACUUAUGACCAAUAUUGGCUCAAGUGCCCAUUCCUGAGCCAAUCACUGGCCUGAGUGAUGGUGCUGCCAUAAUUAGCUUGGACUCCAGGAUUCCCCCUGUACCCCCGGACUGAGGCUGGGGUUUCUGUUUGGAGGCUGGUGAAUAACCUAAUAAAACUGGGCAUCUGUGAGAAUGGCAGAAGGUUGGGAGAAUGGACAUUGAUUAGCCAGGGCCAUCAUGUAUGUACAACUGUGCGGGGUGGGACCUACAUGAGGGAUGUCUGACUGACAGGGUAGUAACAGGUAGGAUCUGAAGUUCAAGGCUAAAUAUUAAAUAUGUCCAAAGGGGGCACCUUUUUCUAAUUAACAUAAAGCCCCAUAUAGUGAGCAAUGGCCAUUCAACCAAUGUCCUGAUGCCAGAGGGAUGAACUUACAAAGGAGACAGAAAAGGAGUGCUAGAGAAAAGUAGGAAAACCAGGAGGGUGGGGAGUAUUGGAAGAGGGAAGAAUUUUAAGGAAGAAGAACUCAACAUUAUCAAAUCAUGCUAAAAAGUCAUAAAAGAUUGUUUUAAUAAUAGUGAUAGCAAACAAGUAUAUAGGAUUUAUUAUGUGCCAGGCACUGUUCCAAGGCUUUUAUACAUAAUGCAUUUAACUCUCUAAGGCUGGGUUCAGUUGUGGAGGCUGGCAAGUCCCAAAUCUGUGGGUCAGGUAGCAGGACGGAGGCUUCCCCUGACUCACGUGGUUGCAGGGGCUGACGAACCCAAAAUCUGCAGGUCAGACGGCAGGCCACUGGCUAACGUCCCAAGAACUGGAAGUCAGAGGAUGAUGAAUGAACUCAGGAUCUAGACAGAGCACUCAAGCUUUGCCAGAACAUCCACAUAGAUGCAGGCCACAACCCCAAGGAAACUCCCCUUCCAACUGAUUGACUACUCAUAUCAGAUCACAAAAUGGAGGAUGAUUACAUAGUGUCUGCCAAACCACUGAGAAUCAUGGCCUAGCCAAGUUGACACAUACAUUAACCAUCACACUGUCUCAACAACCAUGUAAUUUAGGUACAUUCUUCAUAGUUUACAGAUGAGGAAAGGAGGCCCAGCCUGGUUAACUAACUUGCCCAAGGUCACACAGAAAAUCCAAAGCUAGACUUUGAACAAGGUUUUGGUUGGUCACCUUGUCCUGUGGGAGCAGAGCAGCGUCCCUUGUUUCACUCUUCCUCAACCCUCCCUACCCUCCCCAGGCUUCUCGGCUCCUCACUGGGGUCCUUGUCUGCCUCUUUGUAGCUAAAGACUACAGUGGGCUGAGGAGGCAGUUGCUCCCCCCAUCACAUACUUGAGGGAGGUGCUAGUGUGAUCUGGCUUCCACUCCUCACCACUUCUUCCAAAUUUCGUUGGAAAAAGAAACCAGGCCCUGAUUAGUGCAAGUCAUUAAACAAAACGAAGUGCGUGCUAAAAAUCCAAAAAGUGCAAAAGCUUGUACAGUGUAAAGUAUGUCUUUCUCUCACACUCAGACUGUGUUGAUUGAGUCCUCAGGUCUUCCAGGCAUAUUCUAUGCAUAUGUCUUUUUUUUUUUCCUUAAUUUUUAAAAAUUUAACUCCACACAAGCAGUACCUACUAUGGUGAUAUGAUUAUGAUUACUGACUGGAGACAAAGUACCUGGGUAUGAAUCUGAACCCUGUCACUCCCAGCCAUGUAGCUUUGGGCAAGUGAAUUCACCUCUCUGUGCAUCAGUUGGCUAAUCUGUGAGAUGGGAUGAUAACAACACUUACCUCGUGGGCUGGUCUGGGAAUUCAACUACUUGAUAUCUGCCAAGCCCUACGAACAGUGUCUGGCACUCAAUAGAACGUUGGCAAAUUAUGAUUAUUCUCAUUUCUACACCUUGCUUUUUCUAUUAUAUAUGAUACAUAAAUACACAGUUUUUAUAUUUUCUUAGUCCUCCACCUUUUUUCACCAAUGCAGUGUAAUUUAGACAGCAUUCCAGAGAAAUGCAGUAGGUCUCUGAUAUCGUUUUUUAUACCUGCAGUACCUUUUAGGAUACAUGCCCCACAGGUUUUUCCAGCAUGCCCUGUUGAUGGACAUACGGAUGGUUUCCACACUUUGGCUAAUUAAACAAUACUGUACUGAA